GGACCACAUCUGCCAGAAGAUGGCAGCAACGGACGCACGCAGAAUGAACUAAAUAACCAGCUUUUGUUGGGAGAUGGGUAUAUUUAUUUAUAUAUGUGUUUGCGGCGAGAAGAAGCAGGAAAAAAAUCCCCAGAUAGAAGCGUAAACAAACAGGCUGGAAGAGUGCGGGACACAGACGGAAGUUUGACCGGAUUCAGCCGCGGGUAGAGGAGAGGAAACGCCGCGACGCUGAUCCAGGGCGUUGAUGUUAGGACAGACGGCCAACCGAGAGGCACCAUCCAGCAACUGAUGCAUUUCUGGAGUGGCGAAAGCUAACAGCUAGUCUAGAGAGGAGGUAAGCAGCUCCCUCACAACAUAACAUCCUAGAAAAGGAGAACAUAUUUACUUUUCUCAGGCAAUUGUUUUCCUCCAAAUUGUCUCAGGUGAUGUGGCAGAAAAAAACCCCGUUGGAUUAAAAACAGUAUUUAGCUCAUAGCUUCAAUACAUUUCUAAGUAGCAAAAUAGAAUCUGUUGAAGCAAACCCAGAAAUGUCAUGCUGUGAUUCACACAGAAUUUCAUCUUUUAAGCCUCCACUGCAUCAUUCUCAGCUCCAAAGCUGCAAACCCUGUGAGUCAGACCCUGCUGCUGGCGUUUGUACUUUAUGUCGCAUUCCAUGUUGCAGUCCAUAACUUUCCCAUGACAGCUAACAGGCUGCGUGAGUAUCGCACAGAUUUCAUGCCCUCAGAGCUCAGGCUGAAAAUGUAACCUACAUGAGGCAGAAAUGUUCAUAUGUGCAGCAGAACUUUUAUUGUCCUGUAUAGUAAGCCAAAAAAUGUGACGAUGUUCUAGUUUUUGUUAGCUUGUGUGUCUAAACAUUCAGGUAAAAGUAUUAGGUAAAAUUGGCUUUUUUGAGCUUCAUGUUACAAUGUUAUUCUCUCAUCACAAACACACCUGGAGUGUUGCUUUGAUUCUUUUAUGCAUGUUUUAGAAAUCCUUCAAUCUCCCRUGGCAACCAUUYAGGUGUGCAAAACACCUAGGGGCCUAGCCCCGCCUUCAAGGCGCAGCUCCUCCCCCACUCAACUCCUUCAGACUAGCCAACAGCAAUUAGCAAACACCAGGUUGAACUGUACAUCUGCUGAACUCGUUAUAGGAGCUACUUUUCAGUGAAACUCUGGUAAAAAUGUUGUGAAAGGGUUAAUAGAGGAGACAUGUUGUCAUAACUUCCUGAAUGCGGAGUUUCAGAAAGAGCAGGCACUUCUUAAAGAGACAGAGACCUUAAAUUUCAAGGCAUUGAAUUUCAAAGUCAGAUUUAUUUUAAGCUUUGUUUGAUAUAAAAUAUAAAUAUAAAAUGUUAAUAGUAUUUGCAAUGUUCUAUAUUUUAUCAUCUCACAGCCACAAACUUCAUUGUAUUUUACUGGAAAAUCUGAGAUGCAAUGUGAUGCCCACAACACUAGGUGGUGUAUGAUUAUGGAAGCAAAAGGACACGAAGUUUUAAAAAUUCCCUACAGAGAAAACCUACAAAUUCAAACUUACAUGUAGAUUCAUUGCCCCUGAGUCAUUAAUGUGCAUUAUUUAUUUCCUAUGUCUUCAUUUGGCUGCUUCUCAGAUUAAUGUUAUAUUUUUGAUCUGUUGAUGGCAUGAUUCCCUUUCUAAUGCCGCCCUGAGCAACCGCCCGUUUGGCUCAUACAAAAACCAAUCCUUGUUUUCUAAGUCAAACAAUAGUCAAGUUUGUGUGCAGUUUAUCCAUUUAUUGGAUAUUUGUUUCCUUAAGAAGGCCUUGACAAUUCAUUUCUUAUUCCAAAGCUGCCCUUUCAGAUUAAAGAAGCGGUGAUAAAUAAUUAAUAGCAAACACAGAUCUGUCUAUGCGUUGACAGUUGCUCUACUUCACUGCUGAACUACAGUCAGUAUCCGUGGUAUAAACACAAAGGAAACCCAUCAAGUCGACAACAUAAUGACCACUCCACUCCACCAGUGAUUCUUUCUCUAGAUCAGUAGGCUCAGGCCAUAUGUGUUGUUCUUUUUUUUUUUGUUUUGUUUUGUUUUGACAGGACGACUGGUGGAAGGAAUUCAAGCGAAGAGGAAGGCAGAUAUCCAGCUGGAGUUGGCCUCAGCGCCACAUUUAUGAACAUUUCAGCUUCCCUUUGUUCUUCUGGCCACCCAGGAGAGCCGGAGUAGGAUUAAAUACACACCCCGUCCACAGUGGAUCACUGGAGCGCCCCUUAACGCUGCCCCUCAUCCCCCCGUCCUCCCAUGGGCUGUACGGCAGAGUAAAUUUUCCAAAGUAAUUUCCUUAUCUCUGCUCUGAGGAAGUGUUCCGAUAAACUCAGAGCAGUUCAUGUUUUCCCAAGGGGGCUGAAACGAAGGGAACCUGCCUGGAACAGGUUCUCUCAGCAACUUUAGGAACUUUAAGGGUAAACUCUGGCCGCGUCGCGCAGGAUGGGAAACAAAAACGCCGUUCCACCCAGAGGUUCUGGAGGCGGGGUCACUGGGAAAGACGCAGCAUUGGUCAGCAGCGCUACAGGAGGCGUCGCCGCAGAUGAAGUUCAGAGCCCCAGUCUGGAGCUGCUGGCCUCGCUGCAGGCCCUGGGAGAAAAUGACGACUACACUCUGCUGCCGCAAUCCCUGCACCAGAUUGCAGAGACCUGCUCACUGAGGCAGGACUACCAGUGGGCCAUUCAGUUCCUACAGUUGGAGAAGCUCUACCAUGAACGUCUGCUCGCUAAUCUCACAACCUUGCAGGAAAAAUGGGAGGGUGAGUUUAAUGAGAAGGAGGACGGUGAGAGCCGGGUGCCUCGGGAAGAAGACAGCGUCAGCCAGAAACACAUUGAGAAGCUGAGCCACAUCUGCAGGACACACCACAGACCGUCCUUCAGCACGGACCAGAAAAACCUGAACGCAGCGUUUAUAAACACUCAGAUCAGGACGGAAGCUCUGCAGUCCUGUCAUGGUAAAGCCAACAAGCCUGAGUACACCCAGAGCAUGAUGUCCCAGUCAGACCUCUCCUCACUACUGAGGGAGGAAGAGGAAGACCGGCAGGACGAAGGGGAAGAGGCACUCGAGGAAGGGCAGGAAGUGGAAGCAGAGGAGCAGGACGUGGAAGCAGAGGAGCAUGCGGUGCACGGCGAGGACACACCGGAGGAAGAGGAGGUGAAGGUGGAGUGGCCGGCAGGAGUAGCGCAGGCGUCGGACAAAGACCUGGCCAAACUCUCAAUCGCUGAGGGCAGCUCCUCCCCGGACGGUCUGGUGUCCAUCCUAAAGAGGAGGCGAGCCUCGCUGGACGGACUUCCUCCCCCGAGUGCCCCCACCACUGUCGACAAACAGUCAUCCAAACGCAAAGUUCGCUUCAGCGAACCAGAGGACGGCGUGGACCAAGAUGAUGUCGGAGGAGACUCCUGUCUCAUUCUGCUGCUGCUGUGUCUGGUCACCGUGGUGAUCAGCAUAGGCGGGACUGCGUUCUACUGUACUCUGGUGGACACUUACUCCAACAUCUGCAYCGACUUCGCUCAGAACGUUGACUUCUACGUCACGAACAUGCGGGGUUUCCUGGAAGGACUCGGACAGUGGCUCCCCCUGCAAACUUAGGGCCAGCCGGGAUUCAAGGCUCUCUGGCCGUGAUUGAAAAGACUACUGGUUGCCGGCAGCGACUGGAAAACCUGACGGGACCUCCGGAAACAGCGACAAUCCCCGCUGCUGCUGCAGAGUCUGAAUCUCACUGUUGACUGGACAUGUAUGUACACAGUGCCUUGCAAAAGUAUUCACAACUGUGAACUUUUCCCGGUUUUUAUUGUGUUAUAGCUGCUAGCUUCAGAGACGUUUAGUGGGAUUUUAUGUGACAGACUUCAACACAGUGAAUAAUUGUAAGGUGGAAGAAAAAUGAAACAUUAUUUAAAAUAGUAUGUUUAUCUAGUUUGUAGUGCAAAUAUCUUUAUACACUUAAAAUAAGACAAAAAUAACUUACAUGUAACUUUUCAGCAAGAUAUAAAAAUGCGUUUUGAGUCAAUAAUUCCUUAAUAUUGAUUAUAAACUAGUUCCAAUGGCAGAUUAUUUCACUUAAUCUUAUUUCAAUAUUAAGGAAUUAUAGACUGAAAAGUUACUUUAGAAGCUUUUUUUGUCUCAUUUUUAAGUGUUCUAAGAUAUUUGCACUAGAAACUAUAAAAAAUACGUACUAACAAAAAAACAUUUGUAAAGCAUUUUUCUUCCACUUAAACAAUUACAUACCAAUUUGUAGGUUCGUCACGUACAUAACUAACAAAAUGCGUUGAGAUUCGUGGUUGUUUUGGAACAAAAUGCUGGAAAAGUUUCACAGUCAUCUUUUGCGAGGCACUGAAACCGAAUUGGUGCGCCAUCUGUCAAAACCGACCACUUCACCUCAGAAGAGAAACAUUUUAAUACACCGGUGUUGUAAAUAUUCUGUAACCAGGUUACGGACAGCCUCGGCUGUAUGUAGAUGACAGCAGAAGUCAUAGACGUGUCUUGUCUUUUCACCACAUACUUGCAGUAACUGUGUGACUUUAGCUUUAAAUGUUUUCUCAGAGAAGCUGCCUUGACGAUUUCUCAGUCAUUUUUAAAGGUUUAUUAUUUCUCCCACCAGAAUUACUUGUUUUUGUGUAAUUUUUAUCUUCAGCCUACCUCUCUCUGGAUCAUUUCCAUCUUUUCUACAUGAGAAAAGAAAGGAAAGCUGCAGAUUCUGUUCUUUUGGAUCAACUCUGACAGCAGCUACUGUUUUCUAAAUAACUUCAGAACUGCACACUUCCCUCAUCAAAGGUGCUUAGUUCUGACUUUACUCCUAAAAUCACAAUAUGCCCAGUUAAUUUUGCUAUAGGUAUAAAAAAAUACAGUACAAAAUAAUUCACCCCUUUAAAUUUUUCCACAUUUUAUGUCUUUUCCCCCCCAUUCUUCUUAGCAAAAUUUCUAAACACAGCUAGUCUGGAAAGAGUAAUAUUGGUUUUCACUUUGACUAGAUCAUCCUAACGUAUGAAGUUUUUACCUUGUAAUCAACUCUGAUGCUGAAGAAAAAAAAAAAUUCCCCCAGCAUGAUGCUGCCUCUAUCAUGUUUGACCGUGGGAGUGGUUCUUAUUUUCAAAACCCAUGUGUCUUUAUCUUUUCACUUCAUAAAAAUGCACUGCUUAGUGUUAGCCAUAGAGAAUUCCCAACAACACUGAGGUUUGUGUUUGCAGAGACGUUGCCUUCACCACUACUGGUUUGCACCAAUCAGAUGUGGAGACGUACUCUGUGUUAUUAUUUAAUGUUUUCAUAUUCAUCAUACAGCUAGUUCUGCAGCAGGAGUAAUGAUCACAUGUGAUUUUCUUCUUUUCAGUGUCCACACAGAUAAUCAACAAUAUUAAAUAAGCGAAGAUGGUACGGUAGCGUGCCGCACUUCUUAGCUUGUAGUGCAGCAGAUAAUUAAAUAUUUCAACAAAGUUGUUCACAUUUUCAAACAAGAACUUAACUUGGCACAGAUGUUCCUGUGGGGUUUGCUUUUUAAAAAAAAAAAAAAAAAAAGUUAGCCACUGAAAAAUUCUAGAUGGCAGCCAUUUUUAAGAUGGUCACCAUGGUUGUCAAGAAAAAUGUAUUUUUACACUAUAAAUUUGCCAAUAUUCGUUAGAAAUUAUUAUUUCUGGUGUCAAAUCAUUCAUCAUUGGACCAACUUGAUUUUUCAAGAUGGCGUCCAUGGUUGCCAUGGAAAAAAUAAUUUUUGCACCAAAAUCACGAAUCGGAUGAAUGUGUUUGCUGUCAAAGAAAAAGCUACAUAUUUUGAACAGUAGAAACCACAAAUCAUAUAAAUUUUCUUAAUUUUGUGUCUCGUUUUUCCUGUGGACAUUUUUCAAAAUGGCCACCAUGAUUAUAAUGGAGACUAUAUGUUUGUACUAAAAUCAGCAGUUAUUGCAAAUGGUGGGCACAACUGGCCAAAAUGUUCCACAUUUUGUUAGCAGAGCUAAAGCUAAACACACAAAAAAAUUAGAGGAAGCUAACGCUAACCAUCAGUCGAGUUGUUAACUGGAAGGAGAUGAAGGUGUGACACCAGCAGCAAAGUCUUCAGUUACAGUUUUAGCAUCUGAUUUUGCUACUUAUUGCUACAUUUAUGUUGUAUGGAUAUGAUGACCUUGUCCAGAAACAUUAUGUGACAUAAAGUUGAUCUAGGUCCUGAUAUUGGGUAGCAUUUUAUAGCAAUGACUGAUUUAAAAUGGUCAAAAAUGGCAGCCAUCUUGAUAAUGACCUUCAUCCUGAAAUUCACGUGACUACCGGGAAAUAUGAAACAUACCACCUGGGGGGGGGGGGGGGGGCUUGUACCUUUUUAAUCUUGAUUCCACACUAUAAAGAUUUUUUACAGCAAUAUGUUACUCUACUGUCAACAUGCAUUUUAUUAAAAUGAAUUGAACUUUGACUUCCGCACUUAAAAAAAGAUUUAUGUAAAGUAAGAUAUUUGAUUUUUGUGUCGUACCUUGUAUAUUUUUGUCUGAUCAUGUCCGAUGUACUAUAGUAUGGACACUGGGUUUUCAUCUCGUUUUUUAAAAAUGAGUUUUUAUCAAAUUUGUCCUGGUUUAACACAGCACAUCGCUUUAAAUGUAAAGCAUUAAAACAAAUAUGUGUUUA